AUGACUCUCACAGACUACGCCUCAUACCCGGACUCUCCGGAUCUCGCUGCUUUGAACCUCUCGCGCCUGGUUGCUCGUUUAGAGCAUAAUCUCCUCUCUUCAGCCGCGGAUCUGAAGCCAUUACGCCGGUCAGAAUACCAGCGCAUGAGAGUCGGAGCAAACCUAGAAUACGCCCGCACCAAUCUCCAAACCCUCGAACGCACCCUUCCCCAGAUCAAGCCCACCGACCGUCGAAAUGACCUGCAGACCGACCUCGCACGCCAACGGCAGAUCCUCAAACAGCUCCAGAAUGUCCUCGACGAGAUCAGUAGUUCCCAGGCGGAACCUCAAUCCGACGAAGAAGAGGAAGACGACUCCCUAGACGGUGAAGACCUCCUCGAUACCCCAGAGGAGGGAAGCACCACCGACGAACAAUUCGAACAUGAAGAGAAGGAGCGUGAUACCAUAACGGACGACCAUGAACCAGCAACAACAGCACCCACCACUACCUUACCCGCACCAACAACAACAACGACCGAACUACCUUCACAAACCCCAGAAGCAACUCCCGCCCCGACACAGGAACAACCUUCAACUCUCCGAAACAGAUCACAUGCACCCACUACCACCCCCUCCACCGCAACAGCCAGCGCAACCGGCUCCUCUAUCCAGAAGAACCCUCCUUCCCCACAGCAAUCCUCAUCCACAUCCUCAGACGCUCGAUUACAAGCGACAGAAGAGACGCUCUCAUCCCAUCGCGCGGAACAAGAGAACUUGACAUCAUCUAUGCUUGCGCUAGCAACGCAACUGAAGACCUCAGCGCAGACAUUCCACUCCUCCCUGGAGGCGGAGAAGUCGGUGCUGGCUCGCGCGGUGGAUGGGAUUGAUCGCACGGCGGGGAAUAUGAAGGUUGCGGAGCAGCGUAUGGGGAUGUUGCGGAGGAUGACGGAGGGGAAGGGCUGGUGGGGACGGAUGAUGCUGUAUGCGUGGAUCUUCGGGAUGUGGGUGGUGGCUAUUCUGAUCGUGUUCUUGGGGCCGAAGCUGAGGUUUUGA